AUGGCGGAUGGGGCGGGAGAUGAGUUGGCACUCACAGGUCAGACGGGAGGAGCAAAUACCACAUCAGAGGCGGCAUCGGAGCAGCAGAUUAUGCUGCUGCAGUUACAGUUAAAAAUUGCUGAGGCAGAACGAGAGAAGCAGCGAAUGGAGCUGGAAGUCCAGCGGCUGCAAUCACAAAGGAGUGCAGAGCCUGGCGAGGUUGACAGCAGCUUCGCGGUGGCCGCAAAGGCGGACGAGGAUAGACGGCUGAAAUUUGCAGGUCUAUUAAAAGGUGUUCUUGCGCCAAUGCCGAGCCAGGAGGCACUCGUGCCUAGCUGGUUCGAAGAUGUAGAAGCCACCCUUGAGUCGUACGAGGUGCCACGCGAGUGGCCUAUCGAGGUAGUGAAGCUAGCAGAGAGUUACGACGAAAGCCGUAAGAACAGGCCUGCUGUGGUGUCUAGCACGGGUGCGCCGGUUGUGAAUUUGACGGCAGGCGAGGCUGUGGCGUCGUCGCAAGCAAAGAAAGCCAACUGGGACGCACGUAUAAGGAAACAGUGCUUCAAGUGUCACGCAACGGGGCACAUAGCUAAGCAGUGCCCAACGAGGGAAACCACGGAAGCCCGCCUCGUCAAGGGCAGAGACAGGUCUGUCAUUGCUCGGGUAGCCUUUCCGCAGUAUGAGAAGGAAGCUUCCCAAGCUCGAAUAGGACUACCUAAAGUGAGCAAGGUCAUCGGUACGAGAGGAGUAACACUGACUAACGCAGGUCGGACAUUACACGCAAGGGUUGAUUCAGGGGCGGACAUAACAGUGGUUAGAAAGGCAGCUUGUCAGAAAUAUGAGAGUGCAGGGUCGACUAUAAAGUUGACUGGUGCAUUCGGGGAACAGGUCAUUGCAGAGCUGGCGUACGUCCCAUUAACGGCGACAGAGGGCGUACCGCUCGUGUCAUUCAAUCCGUCAGAACGAGGAGUCUUGUGUGCGCUUACCGACAGGCUAGUCACGGGAGUGGAUGUUUUGAUUGCUCUCGAGGACUACGACCAGCUGCUCAAGGAGAGAGUGGGAUGCGAAGUUCAGGAGGACAUAGAAAUGCGUGGUGAAGAAGUGGAAGAGGAAGAAAGCUUAGACGAACUAGAACACACCGAAAAUGCACUGUCUUGCGCGGUGGAGGCUGAGAGCUUGGAGGGCGGUAACGCGCAGACGCGAACGACGCGGCAACAGUUUCGCGAGGCGCAAUUGGCAGAUGAGUCGUUGCGUGAGGCGUGGGCACAGGCCUGGGAGGGGACGCAUGGCAUGACAAUACGCGACGAGUUGCUGUUCCAUCAGGAACCGAUCGCAGGACAUCAGUGCUGUCAACUCGUGCUACCGUCAGAUCGCCGCUCAAAGGGGUUGAAGAUGGCACACGAUUCUGCGUGGGCGGGGCACCUCGGCGAGCGGAAAACGCUGCAACGUAUAAAGGGCUCCUUUUUCUGGCCAAGCAUAACGCGGGACGUAAGAGAAUACUGCCGUUCGUGUCUGUCGUGUCAGGUGAGGUCCCCAGCUCGUACGCUGGACCGCGUACCAAUCACGCCACUGGCCAGACCGGAAACCGCUUUUCAGGUGGUUAACAUGGACUGCAUCGGUCCGAUUGACCCGCCAUCGGCGCGUGGUCACAGAUACGCAUUGUGCGUAGUAGACGUUAACACUAGAUGGCCAGAAGUAGUGUGCCUCAGGACACUGAUAGCAAAGGCCACGUGUGAUGCGUUAUUGGAAAUCUUCGCGCGUCUGGGAGUCCCCGAGGUGGUGUGUAGUGAUCAGGGGACAAAUUUCACUGCAAAGGUGACCCAGCAGCUUCUCUCGAAGCUAGGGGCGUGCCCGAGAUUCUCCACGCCGGUCCACCCACAAAGUAACGGACUCGUCGAACGUUGGAAUGGAACAUUCAAGUCGAUGCUUUUUCACAUUGUGAGGGAGCAUGGGCGGGAAUGGGACAAGUUUGUACCGUUCCUGCUUUGGGCUUACAGAGAGGUCCCGAACGUAACGACGGGUAAAUCGCCGUUUGAGCUGAUGUACGGGAGGGUACCAGUGGGGCCACUCUCGAUACUUCAAAAGACAUGGUCUGGCGAUUGGGCUGUCCCGGACACUCUGGGCGUGUCCGCAGAGGAAUACCUAUCGCGCUUGCGCGAAAGGUUAAUUGAGGCUAACGCAAGGGCCGAAGACAGUACUACGGUGGAGCAAUGUAGGUACGCUAGCAGGUAUAAUCUGCGGGCGACAGACAAACAGUUUAGAGAGGGGCAGCAGGUUUUAUGGCUCGAGAGAGAGGGCGAGGGCAAAUUAGUGGCCAAGUGGAAAGGACCGGCUAAGGUGGUUCGCAAGUUACGGCCGUACAGUUACUUGAUUGAGAUGGAGGAUGGAACAUCUCGAUCAGUACACGCAAACAAGCUUCGCGCGUACCACGCCCGGGUUGGCGCCGUGGGUUUGAUUUUCGAGGGUGACAGUGAUUUUGGGGACAUCCAAACAUCCCCAACGCAAGGUGAACGAAACCAUCGAAUACCGCUCGCUGCGUUGAGUCACUUGAAGCCGUCACAGCGUGCUGAGGUUGUCGCGCUGGUCACUAGGCACGGCCAGGUCUUCGGGGACAGGCCAGGAAGGUGCACAGUUGGCAUGCACAAAAUAAAGAUCAAGGAGGGCGCGGCGCGAGAGCCCGUUCAUCCGGAUAAGGUACCAAUGUCUUUCCGAAAGGAAGUCGAACGGCAAGUACAGGAGCUCUUGGCGUGGGACCUGAUAUACCCUGUUGAGAGCCCGCACGCGUAUUCAAUCGUAUGCGUAAGCAAAAAGGAUGGGGGGCUGAGGCUGUGCUGCGAUUAUCGUAAGCUCAACAGCAUCACCGAACCAGACGCAUUCCCGAUGAGUCCACCCUCCGAGUUGCUGCUGCAGGUGGCAAAGGCGAAGUAUAUAACCUUGAUUGAUAUGCUAAGGGGAUAUUGGCAAAUACCACUGGAUGAGCAGGCACAAGCUAUCACGGCAUUUGUGACACCGGUUCGUGAGUACGCCUGGAGGACAAAAAGGGAGCUCAGGAAUUUCUUGGGGUUAGCCAAUUACUACCGACAGUACGUUCCGGAGUACGCCCGCAUAGUGCUACCUCCCACUAAUCUGACCAACAGGCGAACACCACAACAGCUGCCUUGGGAUACCGAGGCGCAGAGCGCAUUUGAAAACAUAAAAGACUGCCUCAAGCGCGCGGCAUCGCUUUACGCACCAGACCCCAAUCGCUCGCUGGGCCACGAUAGAAAAGGAGGCCUACGCAAUCAUCUGGGCAUUGGAUAA